CAAAUCUUAUUUAACCUACCGUCAUCCCAUUCAUCAUCGCCUUUUUCUUUCUUCCUGAAUCAUCUCUUUGAUCUUCUUCGCAAUUCAGAUCUGAUGACAAUGAAGCGCCAAGACGUGAAAAACACUACAAACGAUGAAGAACAACAACUGGUCAAGAAGCAGAAAGUAGUUGAAACAUCUUCAUGUCCAUACCUUGAUACAGUUAAUCGCCAGGUUUUGGAUUUCGACUUCGAAAAGUGUUGUUCGGUCUCUCUAUCAAAUCUUAACGUGUAUGCAUGUUUAGUAUGCGGUAAAUAUUUCCAAGGCAGAGGUCACAAGUCGCAUGCAUACACUCACAGCCUUGAAGCCGGGCACCAUGUCUUCAUCAAUCUCCGGUCAGAAAAGGUAUACUGCCUACCCGAUGGUUACGAAAUCAUCGACCCUUCAUUGGACGAUAUCCGAGGUGUUCUUAAUCCAAGGUUUAACACAGACCUAGUUCUACAACUUGAUAAAAACCCUCAAUGGUCAAGGGCGAUUGAUGGGUCUCAAUAUUAUCUUCCUGGAAUAGUGGGGAUUAAUAACAUUAAGGAGACUGAUUUUGUUAAUGUUGUUAUUCAGUCUUUAAUGCGAGUGACUCCGUUUAGAAACUUUUUUCUUAUUCCUGAGAAUUACAAGGACUGUAAAUCGAUACUGGUUCAUCGGUUUGGUGAGCUCACGAGGAAGAUAUGGCAUGCGAAGAACUUUAAAGGACAUGUUAGUCCUCAUGAGUUUUUGCAAGCGGUUAUGAAGGCCAGUAGUUUGCGGUUUCGUAUAGGUGUGCAGUCUGAUCCUGUUGAGUUUAUGUCAUGGCUUCUGAACACCUUCAACGCAGACCUUAAAAGUAAUUCAAGGAUAAGGAACAACAACAUUGUUCAUCACUGUUUUCAGGGAGAAUUGGAGGUUGUGAAAGACGGUGCUGAUGCCAGUCGGAUGCCAUUUUUGAUGCUUGGACUGGAUCUGCCAGCACCACCACUUUGUAACGACAUGAUUCCUCAAGUUUCACUUUUCAACAUAUUUAAGAAGUUUGAUGGGGAGACUGUAAUGGAAGUUGCGCGUGUGAGGUAUCGUGUUACAAGACUUCCGCGGUAUCUUAUCCUUCACAUGCGACGCUUUACAAAGAAUGAUUUCUUUGUGGAGAAAAAUCCAACCAUUGUUAACUUCCCAUUGAAGAAUCUGGAGCUGAAGGACUAUAUACCAUUACCUACAUCGAAUAAGUAUGAUUUGGUUGCAAACAUUGUUCAUAAUGGCAAACCAGGUGAUGGAUCAUAUAGGGUGUUUGUUCAGUGCAAGUCUGAAGAGGUCUGGUAUGAGAUGCAAGAUCUUCAUGUUGCUGAAACACUUCCAGAGAUGGUUGGAGUAUCUGAGGCUUACAUGCAGAUAUAUGAGAAGCAGCAGUAGCAGCCGCAUUCGUUGUUACGCUCCGAACAAGUGGUUAUUGCUGAU